CGCUACGAGCUGUGCGCGCGCAUCGGGACGACGAAUCCAAAAUAAAGGAGGAGGGUAUGGAUCCCACGCCGUGACAACGAAGGGGCAGCCCUGCGAGCAAUAACGGUGCAUCAAAGGCAGCCAUAGACAGAGACCCCCAGCAGCAAUGGGCGCCGGUGCGAGCGCACCCCGCGACGAGGAGCUCCGCCAGCUACGUCAAGAGAGAGACGAACUCCGAAACGAGCUGGCGGCGACGCGUCGGAAAUUAGAUGAGGCCACGCCCCACCCGCCGAAGCGGGCGAGGAGCGGCCUCAUCAGUCCGACCAGAGCCCAUCGCUCGUCAGUAACACGUUUUGAGUUGGGUGGGGCCACGACGCGGUCGUCUCCCAGUAAUUCCAUUGAUCGACCCAGUCCGAAGAAGCUGGACUCGUCGCUCCACGGCGAGCGCGUUUUUGGCGCUGCUUCUCGCAUAGGGCGAGUUGUGGACGUGCGACGCUUCUCCGAUGAUGUUGCUGCGUAUGAAGCCCAAAAUAUACCCAAAGAAGAUAGGGUGAGAGACGUGCUCUGGCACGCUAUUACUUCUGUGGCGCUGUUCAGGGGUCUAGAUGAAGCACAUAAACGCAUACUCACGGACCCCUUCGACGUGGUGCACUGCGAAGCGGGAGACGUCGUUGUCAGAGAGGGCGACGCCGGCGACCGCUAUUAUGUGGUGGAGAAGGGCGAGGUACGGGUGUUUCACCACAAGAAUGAGAGAGAACCGGCGCUGAAGCAGUUGUGCGAUUUGGAUCUGGGCGAGACGUCGGCGGAGUACGGCGUGUAUACGAAGUCCAUUGCCGCGGGCGCGGGCUUUGGUGAGUUAGCUUUAUUGCAUGCGUCUCCGAGAAACGCGACGGUCGUGUGCUGCGGUCCUUGUGUCCUGUGGGCUCUGGACCGGUUGGACUGCAAAGCGGCCUUGCGAAGAGUGCACGACGGCGUCAUCCAGAAGCGAGUAGCUUUUUUGAGAGAAGCCACUCUGGGAGGUGGUGAUUCGACGAUAAGCCUAGGGUCCGCUCUAAAAGCGACGGAUCUAGCGAGACUGGCCGCCGAGAUGGCCACGGAGACCUUCGCGAAGGGCGAGGUGAUUGUCAGGCAGGGCGACACGGCGUCGCAGUUUUUUGUUGUUGAAAGUGGCAGAGUGGACGUCCACGUCGAUCAGAGUUUCGAUCCGUCCCAAAGGGCGCCGAGAAUCACGGACAAGAACCGGACCAAAUCUAUAAACGAGGGCGGCCACUUCGGGGAAUUGGCGUUGUUAUCCUCGGAACUCCGAACCGCCUCGGUGCGAGCCUCGACGCAUACGAAAGUCCUCACACUAUCGAGGCACGACUUCGAGCGCCAUCUAGGACAUUUAGAAGAUGUCAUCGAGACGGCCCAUACGAACCAGAGUCCCUCUCGAAGGCAGUCGUCCUCAUUGGAUAAAAGUUCACUGGAAUCGUUCGCGGAGGAGGAAUGUCCUUUGUCUACCGAUGAUUUUGACGCUCUAGAAGUGGUCGGCACGGGCCACUUUGGCGUGGUCAAACGAGUGCUGGAGAAGGGCACCGGUCGUAUUUUCGCGUGCAAACUGCAGGACAAGGCGCGAGUCACGGACGAGGCCAUGGAGGCCUACGUUGUUGGGGAGUGUGAGGUGUUGGCUUCCCUAGAUUCACCCUUCAUUAUUAGCUUGAGGGCCUGCUUCCAAGAUAAGUCACACAUCUAUCUCAUACUGGAUCUGGUCGAAGGCGGGGAGAUCUACGAACAUCUGUUAAGACGUGUCAGCUUCGACGAAGAGUCGCUGAAAUUCAUCCUCGCGCAGUCGGCACGAGCGUUAGAACACACUCACCAGAAGUCGAUCAUUUAUAGGGAUAUGAAGCCCGAGAACCUGGUCCUGGACGCGUCCGGCAAUGUCAAGUUAGUUGAUUUCGGCCUCGCGAAGGUUUUGAGAGGCUCCGAGACGAAGACCUGGACCAUGUGCGGCACUUCCCAGUAUUUAGCCCCGGAGGUUUUGCGUUCCGAAGGCCAUGGGACAAGUGUGGACUUCUGGUGUUUCGGGGUUUUGUGUUUUGAGCUGGGGAACGGUCGGGUCCCUUUUAGUGGUGCGGAUGACAUGGCGCUCUAUGAAUCCAUCCUGAGGAUGCGACCGCGGUAUCCACGUUCGUUUUCGUCGGAGCUCGUGGGCUUUAUCUCGAAGCUGCUUAAACCGACUACAAAGCGGCUGUACGAGUGGACUGAGGUUCGUGAGGAUCCCUUCUUCGGUGGGGUUGAUUUUGCUUCAAUACAUGAUAGGACCGCGAAGUCCCCCUUACAACAGGCGGCGGUCGAGCGGCGACGGCGCAUCGUCCAGAAGCGGGGCGACGUCGUCGAGGCGCCUUUAGCUGAUUCUGACGCUCAAAAGUCGGACUGGGCGCCGCGCCUGCCGCUCGCGAAGCGGCCGUGGGACGAGUACGACGACGGCGGCAGUCGCCCGACGUUCGACUCGUGGGGGAGCGACGACAUCUGAACG